AGUGUGACUUUUUGCCACUUCCACACUACAGAAACAACAAGAAGAAGAAUCCAUUCCAACACUAGCCGUAGCUAGCUACCAAAGCCUCCCUAUGUGUCUGAAAGUUAAUAUAUAACUCAGGAUUUUAUGCAUUUAGGUUCGGGUUUGUUUUGCCAAAAUGCAUAACGUCAGGAUUUCCAUUCCAUCGUUCCGCUCAGAGGACAAUCCGAUGGAGAAAGGGUACACGGUCUUUAAAAUUGAGGUGCUAAUGAAUGGUAGACAGCAUACAGUGGAGAAACGCUACAGUGAAUUCCAUAACCUGCAUAAAAUACUGAAGAAGAGCAUAAAGCUGCCUGAGAUCCCCUCUAAGCAUGUACGUAACUGGGUUCCCAAAGUUCUGGAGCAGAGAAGACAUGGUCUGGAACUCUACCUACAGACUAUAAUUAUGGAGAAUGAAGUUCUCCCAAAGAUAUUCCUGGAUUUCCUCAACAUCCGCCACUUUCCCUCGCUGCCAAAAACAGAAAGUUGUGGGUCAUUUGAAAUGGAAUCUGAAGAGUCAAGUAAACUGACCCAUCAGCCAACCAUGAUCUACCAGCGAGACCCCUACCUGCUCCCAUCCACCCACGAUACAUUUUCAAAUGUUGUCAUAGAAGGAGUGAUACAUGGAAUAUUUUACCCAGACCUUCAACCAAGGUAGAGUUACUGUAUGCCAGUUUGGAGGACUUACUAACUCUUGACGACAAAGGGAUGAUUCAGAAAUGUACAACUUGUAAGCGUCUCAAUUUUGUGAACAUUAUUCUAAUAGUUGUGUGUGUGUGGAUAUAUAUAUACCAUUUUUAUCUAUUCAUAGUCAUUUUGUAGUUUGUUUCCCAGCAUUAAUGGAUAUGUUUAUGAGAGAUGCCUUAUCUGAAGUAUUGUUACUCAAAGAUGAACACUACUGUAUCAUGAUCAUGGUUGCAAAGGGAGGGUAUAUUACUGAACAUUUUAAAAGUUACCAGUAAACUACCAGAAUUUGGUAAUUUUCAAGGAUUUUAUUUAAUCUACUACAAGACAUCUAGUGGCCCAUUUGAGUACAUCAGAUUAUCACAGGUGUCUAAUCUCUGGCCUUCUGUGUGGCCUUAUCACAUGUAAAAUAAAUAAUCAAAUAAGAUCACUUUAAAAUAAAUUAUGACAAUGCUGUCAAGGAUUAUCCUAAAUGUUAACCAUCAAUUUAGUGAACAACAUUGGUGUUUAAUAUUAAAUAUGCUUUUUUCCCCCCAUUAACUAGGCUAUUUUCUCUUGAACCAUUGGUCUAUCCACUAGAAACUCAUGGACACAGACACAUAAAAUGAAUACUAUACUGACACUCAAAGUUUAUUAGGUACACUACCCCGUUAAUGAAAAUGGAGCUAAGGCAUAUGCAUAUAGACUCAGCCUUAUGGACCGGCAGGCUGUAUGCAUAUAGACUCAGCCUUAUGGACCGACAGGCUGUAUGCAUAUAGACUCAGCCUUAUGGACCGGCAGGCUGUAUGCAUAUAGACUCAGCCUUAUGGACCGGCAGGCUGUAUGCAUAUAGACUCAGCCUUAUGGACCGGCAGGCUGUAUGCAUAUAGACUCAGCCUUAUGGACCGGCAGGCUGUAUGCAUAUAGACUCAGCCUUAUGGACCGGCAGGCUGUAUGCAUAUAGACUCAGCCUUAUGGACCGGCAGGCUGUAUGCAUAUAGACUCAGCCUUAUGGACCGGCAGGCUGUAUGCAUAUAGACUCAGCCUUAUGGACCGGCAGGCUGUAUGCAUCUACUAAUGGUAUUUCCCUAAAAUGAAGGUGAGACCUCACGGUUUUACACUGUGAUAUGUUGAUGAAAUAACCUAAAUAGGUCAAACGGUUAACUCUAUAUUAGCUAUGAAUUAAUGAAGGGCAACCGAUCAAGUGCGUCAAACGGGUGGUUAAAAAGCUGAAAUAUAAAAAGGGAAGCUGAACUUGUCUGUGUAAUAAGAUGUAUUUUGUUUGUCUGCCUUAUCUUAGAGUGUGUCUCUAUUGUAAAGAAGAACAAUGUGGUUCAUUGUUGCUCUUUUUGAACGUGGGACUGCUGCUGUAAACCUACAACAAAGGGCCAUUUUAAAAUGCCAGAGUUUUGAUCCAACUUAGCGACUGAAGCUCUCCAGAUCUAAACUCUUAGCGGUGCUGUAAUAAUACACAGUUGAUACUUUUUUGUAGAGUUUAGUUGGUCUAACAUUACUUUGCACUUGUCAUUCGUUAGACAAUUAUGGAUGGUUAAUACUAUAGAUACUCUAAAAUAUGAGGAUGGUCUGGGCAUUCUAUUGACUAGAAUUCUCUGCCAUCCUUUAUUUCUAUCCAAUGUGUUCUCUGAAUUGAGACCAGGUGGACACUAGCGCACUUAGUGAAAAAAUUGUUAAAUGAAAGGUAAACUUGGGUUAGUUUAAGUCAUGUAUAGAACUGUCCACUUCAACUGAGAGAAAAUCAUGCCCAGUGUUAACAAAUCCAAUGUUUUUUUAUGUAUCUUCCUUGUGUGUGUGUGUAUAAAGCAUAUGUAUGUCCUGUACAGUAUGUAUCUUGUGCCAUGACACCCUACCAUUAAUGACACUGUGGAGUUGUACUGUAGCACUUUAGGCAGAGCACAGUAAUCUGUAAAAUAUCAUGAUUAAGACAGACUGCAAUAAAGCAUGACAUUUCAAUAA